GAAGACUGUUAACAUGUUUGAUUUGGAAAUUGUCAAACUUGUAAUUGAAGGUGUUAAAAUACAUUACGAGGUGAACAAAAUUCUCAAGGAGAAACUUUGAAAGAUGUAAAGUAACCCGAUUUAAAGGCCCCCUCCCCCUCCCCUUAUCUCCAGUUUCCUCUCCUCACCUCCUGUCAUUAGAACAGCCUGCGCCAGAAUUCAGGGUUUUCGGACUGUAGCCAUGAAUCUGACAACUCCUCUGCUGCUGCUGCUUCUCACGGCUUGUGCGGCCAGUGGUGCGCUGCUGCCCAAGGCCGUAUGGCAGUUUGGGCAGAUGAUCCCUUGCGUCCAGCCUGGCGUUAACCCCCUACAGUACAACAAUUACGGAUGCUGGUGCGGCUUCGGGGGGAAGGGAAGACCUCUGGAUGAAUUGGACAUGUGCUGUGAAGUUCAUGACAAAUGCUAUCAAGCAAGCAGAAAGGCUCCAGGGUGCACGGCUAUUGCGGACCUUCCCUAUGUUCUAGUUUAUGACUUCACCUGCUCAAACCAACAAGUGACCUGCUCAGCAACCAACAAUAAGUGCCAGGCUGCCGUGUGUGAGUGCGACCGGGUAGCGGCUCACUGCUUCGCUCAGUCCACAUACAACCCCGAAAACAAGAACAUCGAUCCCAAAGUCCACUGUGUCGACUAAGUUAAACAAUUCACCACACACACACACACCCCCACACCCCCACCCCCACACCCCCACACACACCCACACACACACACACACACACACAGUGAGAUUUCUAACAAAUUUCUUUGACAUUAUUAAUUUCUUUAUAAUUGUUUUGACACAUAACCGAAUGCAAAAGGAGUCUGAUUUUGUACAAAGACAUCAGUUUGAAAUAAAACAGGCAAGUGAGA